AUGGCCAACCUUCUCAAGGAUCUCCUCGGGGGAGGCAGCAAGUCUUCAGCAUCGCCAAUUCCUUCUGCUGACUCAGACUUCGCCGACUUUGCAGAGGCCGCAGAUCCCUCGCCCGCAUUUACCACGCCGCUGGGCGGUGCGACGCUGGAGGCCAACGUCCCUGCUGCCACCAACCCUCCGUAUACGAAAUGGUACCGUCUCGAUGAGCGAUAUACUCUGGCCGACUUCCGCGCCGAGGGAAUUAUACUCGUUUGUAUCGUCUUCAUCUUUACGCUACACGUCGUUGGAUCGCGCCUCAACCGAAGCAAGGCCAGGAAGUGGGUCAAGGCGCACUCCAAGACCUUGGCUUCCGAGUUUGCUCUCGUCGGUUUCGGCAGCUCCCCAACCAGCGGCGGCAGCGGCGAUGGCGAGACUGAUUUCCUCGUGGCUGACCUUGCUGAGCCUGAGAAGGCGCUCAAGGAGAAGUCUCUGUUCGAGUUCGCUACCUAUGCGACGGGUCGUCAGAACAUUGCCUUUAUGGAUGCGAAGCUCAGCCUGAUCCGCCGAUUCAACCCGCUCGUCUCGAUCGCUGAGUGGGCCCUCAGCCUCUUCUUCGACAGCUUUCCGACGCCCCAGGAUACUGUGGAGGCGGCGAUCUACCCAUUCGACGGCAAGGAGGCCCUAACAGUCCCAGGUGUUCCCGGUGCCGCUGAGUUGAAGACCCAGAACACGAAGAGCACCUAUGAUGGAUUCGUCUGGGCUAUCGUCAACAAGGAACGUAUGAAGCAGGUCCGAGAUGAGCGCUUCGACGUCUCCCUCACGUUCACCAAGGACAACUCCAAGCUGCCCAUCUGGUUGACUGUGAUGAGCGAGAGCGCCGAGAUCACCAAGGUUCUGCUCACAGACGAGCUUGCUAAAGCCGCCGAAUCUGCUGGUGAUCUGUUUGAGUAUCUUAUUGUCUCCGACCAACCCGUCGACAAGCCCAAGACGCUUGACGAGACCACGCCCAGGAAGCGCAUCUUCCUCAAGUACCGCCUGCCAUCCGACAACAACUAUGAGCCGCUUCUGCCGAUCUUCCAGCACUUCAUCCGUAUCGCCGACCAGCUUGUUAAGGAGGCGCACUUCCGCCCCGAGGUUCUCAAGAAGGUGAGGAGCGUCCGUGAGGACGUCGCCAAGCAGAUCCAGAGGGCCGACUUGGAAGAGAAGAGCGAGGAGCGCAACUUCGAGCGCGAGAAGGCCAGGAAGGCAAAGCGCGACCAGGAGCUGUCGCAGCUGGACGCCAAGGGCCAGAAGAAGUACCUCGAGAGGGAGCGGGAGAAGGAGCUGAGGAAGCAGCAGAAGAAGAUGACAUCUCGGGGUUAG